ACGCCAUGCACGACACACGUGUGAGGGUCUCGGCGCUGCAGCGCUCCGUUUCGGCUGCCCUCGCCGCCGUCCGUUUCGGCUUCGAGGAGGAGUAUGUCGAGCCGCGCACCGGCUACUCGCUCGACCUGGCGCUGCCCUCGUCACGCAUCGCGAUCGAGGUGGACGGCCCCUUUCACUUCCUGCUGCCCGACUGCCGGGGUGUGCGCAAACCCAACGGGCCAACGCUGCUCAAGCGGCGCCUCCUCGCGGCGGCCGGCUGGCGGGUGAUCAGCGUUCCGUUCUUCGAGUGGGACGGCUUGCAUUCGGCCAGUGAGCGGCAAGCCUACCUGGAGAGAAUGGUCGCCUCGCAAUAGUAGUCUAC